UUCCCAUUGGCUCAGAUGAAGACAAACACACAAAGCUUCACUCUGGUAAAUCUUCAGACGGUCACAAUGCAGAUCUUUGCUGCUCUGGUUCUCCUGGGAACAGCCCUGCAUGGCGCUGCACCAAUGACUCACUCUAUGAUGAAUUUCUUCACUGCAUCGUCUCAAGUCCCAAACUUCCCAGAGUUUGUGUUUGUUGGUUUGGUUAAUGAGAUUGAGGUAGUGCAUUAUGAUAGUAACAGCAGGAAAUCAGAAACCAAACAGGAGUGGAUGAUCAGAGCCACAGAAGAUGAUCCUCAGUACUGGCAGAGGGAGACUGAGAUUCUAUUUGGUCACCAGCAGCGGUUCAAAAACAACAUUGAAGUUGCAAAGCAGCGCUUCAACCAAACUGGAGGUGUCCACAUUGUCCAGUGGAUGAUUGGCUGUGAAUGGGAUGAUGAGACGGAUGAGGUCAAAGGUUAUGAACAGCAUGCUUAUGAUGGAGAAGACUUCUUAUCAUUGGACCUGGAGACAGAGACAUGGGUCGCUCCAAAACAACAGGCUGUCAUCACCAAACACAAGUUGGAUAAUAAUAAAGCUCUGAUGGAUGAGUAUAAACACUACUUCACCCAGAGUUGUCCUGAGGAGCUGAAGAAGUUUGUGAAGUUCGGGAGGAGCUCUCUGCUGAGAAAAGACCUUCCCUCAGUGUCUCUCCUCCAGAAGACUCCCUCCUCUCCAGUCAGCUGCCACGCUACAGGUUUCUACCCUGACGGAGCCAUGAUGUUCUGGAGGAAAGAUGGAGAGGAGCUUCAUGAGGACGUGGACCUCGGAGAGAUCCUCCCCAACCACGAUGGAUCCUUCCAGAUGAGUGUUGACCUGGACCUCUCAUCAGUCAAACCUGAAGACUGGACCAGGUACGACUGUGUGUUUCAGCUGGUUGGUGUGAAGGAGCACAUCUUCACCAGACUGGAAGAAGAAAAGAUCAGGACCAACAGAGAGAAACCCACUGACAAGAACGGCAUCAACAUUCCUGCAGUCGUUGUUCCUCUCGUCCUCCUCCUCCUCCUCGCUGUGAUUGGAUUCUUAGUUUACAGAAGAAGAAUAAGAGGAAGAUGGUGUUAGAAGAUACUCUGGCAUUUGGCAGUUGUGACGACUAAAACAAUGUGUGUGCAGUUCAUAUUUGAUUUCAUACAGAUUUUCCAUAGCAAAGUUGAGAUAUUAAUAAAAGUGUGAAGAGAAAGACACAGAUUCUUUCAGAAACCUUCACAUCGGCAGAUCAGAUAAAGUGUAAUAUUAAAAACUCAAAUAUGAACCUUAAGAAAAACAGUGACACCAAAUCACUGAAACAGUGUUGAAAAGGAUUAAAAAGAAAUAAUUUGUUUAAAAAGCAUAUUAGCUAAAUGCUUACAAAACGUUCACACUAGUUAAUGAAUCAUAGACAUUUGAGGUCUAAAUGAAGCUGUAAAUAUGAGGCU